CCGGAAGCGGCAGCAGCGGGCCGACGGUGGAGCCUCAUGGAGCGGCUCCGCAAGCUGUGGCGGGGCCGCACGAUGACCUUCGGCGUGCCGCUGCUGCUCUACAUUGUUGGAGGAUCUUUUGGACUCCGUGAGUUUGCUCAGAUAAGAUAUGAUGUCCACAAACUACAUGGCAAGGUUGAUCCUGCUUUGAAGGAAAAAUUGAAGCAGAACAAUGUGACGUUGGAAUCUGAAUAUAAGAAAUUGGAAAAAUCUGACUUGGAUAACUGGGAGAACAUCAGAGGACCCCAGCUGUGGGAAGAUUCCAGGACUGUUCAGAAGCAACGGCGAGAGGCUGCCCGUCUCAAGACAGAGUGAUUGAGCAAGCCUGCUUUGCUGCCUACGGAACCAAGUCUCAGGCUGGAGUACCUUAUGUUCUAAACCAGCAUCAGGAACAGAUUUGGGAUGAAGGAAUUGUCCUGAGCAAUUCAUGCCAAUAUGUAUAUAACUAAAUGCGAGAUCAAACCAAAAAGCACUAUGUUGUAUGAAGCUCUUUGUUUGCUUCUGUUUGCACAGAAUUCCACAGGCUGUAUAUGAGAGUUCUCAAUUAAAAAACAAAACAAAACAAAACAAAAAAACUGAUUUUGGGAAUAUCACAGUUUUUCAUUGUUUUUUUGACAACCACAGUUCAAAAGAGAGGUUCUUCAGCAAGAGUUCACAUUUCAAGAGUCAUUUCUCAGUGCCACAGUGAAAACAACAGUGCUGUCAUCUUGAUGUGUGUGACCAGAUAAGUGCUGCUUUGGAGAGCCCCUGCAUGACUUCAAGCUCUUAAGCUUGGCAGGGACUCCACAGGCAUAUGAACUGUUCGGAAACAGUGAGCUUGUUUUUGGCUAAAUAAUGUUCUUGUGUUUCAUUUUCAGGAACUUGUCUGUACAGGAGCAUGUGCAGAGUGUCAGCUGGUAAUUGGUCAAGUAGCAUUUAUUUAGCUGUGGGCUGAUUUUUUUAUUAGUUUAACUAUCAGUGUCUGCAUGCAGGCAAGACCUUUGUGUUGGAACUUCUCAGCUUAAGUUACCAAGACGUGUGCAGUUUUCAUGUGAGCAAGCAUUGCAGCAGCAUCUUCCUGAAGUACUGUGUAGUGGUAAAGGGCAUCUUAUGUGUAUGAUUACAUGCCUAUUUGUGCACAUGCUCAAAAAUGCUUACCUUUUGAUGAAUUAUUCUGAAACAUC